GUGUAUAUUUCUUAAAUAAUCCAAGAGGAGAGUGUUAGAGAAAAAGAUCGACCAGAAAUGUGGAAAAUCAUCCUGCUGAUUUACUUUCUCAUUCUCGUUUCCUGUCAAGAUCAUCCAAAUAAUAAUGGAAAUGGAAAAGAAAAAGAAAAAAGUGUAAAACCACCGGAAAAGAAAAACAAUGAGGGUGGUUGGCUCCAUGAAAUCCGAGAUUCUCUCCCGGGUAACGGUAAGGGAAAAGAUCGACAAGACAAAUUUGACUCUCAUCCUGGCAAAGGAAAAGGUCGAGAGAAUAAAUUCGGAGAUUCUCAUCCGGGAAAAGAAAAAGGUCGAGAGGAAAAGUUCGGAGAUUCUCAUCCCGGAAAAGGAAAAGGUCGAGAGGAAAAUUUAGGAGAUUCUCAUCCCGGAAAAGGUAAAGGCCGAGAGGAAAAGUUCGGAGAUUCUCAUCCGGGAAAAGGUAAAGGCCGAGAGGAAAAGUUCGGAGAUUCUCAUCUAGGAAAAGGAAAAGGUCGAGAGGAUAAAUUCGGAGAUUCUCAUCCCGGAAAAGGGAAAGGUCGGGAGAAUAAAUUCGGAGAUUCUCAUCCCGGAAAAGGUCGAGAGGAAAAGUUCGGAGAUUCUCAUCCCGGAAAAGGAAAAGGUCGAGUGAAUAAAUUCGGAGAUUCUCAUCCCGGAAAAGGACGAGAGGAUAAAUUCGGAGAUUCUCAUCCCGGAAAAGGAAAAGGUCGAGAGAAUAAAUUCGGAGAUUCUCAUCCCGGAAAAGGACGAGAGGAUAAAUUCGGAGAUUCUCAUCCCGGAAAAGGAAAAGGUCGAGAGAAUAAAUUCGGAGAUUCUCAUCCCGGAAAAGGACGAGAGGAUAAAUUCGGAGAUUCUCAUCCCGGAAAAGGAAAAGGUCGAAAGAAUAAAUUCGGAGAUUCUCAUCCAGGAAAAGGUCGAAAGGAUAAAUUCGGAGAUUCUCAUCCGGGAAAAGGAAAAGGGCGUCGCACUGAUGCCAGGGAUGUGGACUAUACUUCUACAGACAAAAUAGCUUUGCAUUCAAUUUUAGGAAUACCAACUGGUAAUCAAAGAAAAGGGGGUCAUGGUAGACAUAAUGGAGGGAAUAAAGGAAAAGGAAGGGGAAGGGGACGUGGAAGAGGCUGGCAAUAAAAAAAAGUUGUUUCUGACCCGAAAAACGAGAUGUAGAACCUGAAACGCCUGUUAAUUAAGAAACAAACUCAAAGAAAUCCUUUUUACUGUAAAUUGCUUUCAAGUGACUAUUUUUUAAAUA